CGUAAAGUCCUAAGACAAGGACUCGGCGAACGCCAAAGUAUGGGUGGAAGUGGUCCCUCUGCGGAGGAUGCCUGUUGCUCCUGCUUUGCAUUCGUCGUGUGGUUAAAUCCGUCCCCAGUGUGCUUUGACUCCAGCAGUAACAAUAUGCUUCUUUGCUCAGCUGGCUAGAGAUCUUUUACACCCUUCCUUGGAAGACGAAAAGAAAAAACAUAAGAAGAAACGGCUGGUUCAGAGCCCAAAUUCUUACUUCAUGGAUGUGAAAUGUCCAGGCUGCUACAAGAUUACUACAGUUUUCAGCCAUGCUCAGACAGUGGUUCUUUGUGUAGGUUGUUCAACAGUUUUGUGCCAGCCAACAGGAGGAAAAGCCAGGCUCACAGAAGGCUGUUCAUUUAGAAGAAAGCAACACUAAUCAUCUAUUCAAGUUCCUGAGUUUGCGUUUUUUCACAGAAAGCCUUACCAAGUUUAGUGACUCUGUCAAGACAAUGUAACUGUAACUGUGUUUGAUUUUAUAAAGUAUACAACAGUGAUCUCCUAUUUUGAGUCAGUUUUUCAAUAAAGUUUUAAUUAUAGACAA